CCUACCUACAGUCGCCAUCUUGGAAUCAAUAUGCACGUCGCGUUUUCCCGCCAAAGACAUUUGUGCCGCGCCCAACGUUGAAUAGAAAGAAUCAUGAUGAAAGAAUUUAUGUUUGUUCGUUCGCCUUUGUACGGUGAUUGUGUAUGAUGAAUUUAUAACAGGUUUAGUUUCUUAGAAUUCAAUCUAAGGUGGUAAAGUGGAAGGUAGUAUAAUAGGUAGGCAUGUACCGGCUUACCUACUUACGUUUUUUUAUGGUAGGUACCUACCUACCUCAUGCCUACCGACAUCAUCAAUAUGUAACAGUCUGGGGUAAAGAAACCUUACCUACCCAUUUCGGUAGCCUGAGAAACAGACUGAGAAGUCACGUGCGUCGUCGUGGUGAGAGGAUAGGAUAUAUUGUAGUCUUUGAAGGAUAGGCCUCAUUUCUCAGUCACGGAUGCGCAUUACAUAUAUUGAUGUUAGGUACCUACAGUUGAUAAAUUAGGUACUCCGAUAUGGCCUCUUCAGCACCCUAAAAAGUUACUACAAUAAUCGUUAUUCCGAGUUUUUUUUGUUCUGAGUUCUGUGAUCACUGUCAUUUGUCAAUCACGUGAGUUGUCACUUGUCUGUCGCAGAAAAUGACAGUUGUUGACACAGUUUUUGUUUUGACAUCGUCGUUUUAAAUAGUAAAACUGGCUAAAUUGCAUUUUUUCUCAAUAAUUUCACAUUUCUAACAAAAUGGAUGAAAUAGAGUACAAACUAAAUACGCUCAACAGCGUCCUAGUCGUGAAUGCGAUCGAGAAACUGAUAACUUCAGUGAAAAGCAAGUUCAAGCCGGCGGAGCGGCAGCGUUUUGUUUUGGAGAAUGAAGAGCUGAAGUAUUUGAGGGAGAAGUGUUGUUCGAAGGAGGCGGUGGUGAGCCUGACCGCGUGCCAGGGGCUGCUGGCGCUGGUGGAAGGAGGGGUGCUAGAGAUUGGGCACACUUUGUCCACGGUUAUAACCUUACUUCCUACUGCACAAAUAUACACCGCAUUAAUCUCCACAAUAGCCAGUCUCCUGGUCCUGGACCUCAAGUCCCGUCUGAUUCCGGGACAGACAUACACCUGUCAGUGGUCUCUGCGGAGUCCACAACAUCCAUUCAUCACUGUGCUGGAGAAACAUGGCCAAACUACGGAUGAUGUCAUUACGCAAAUGCACACUUUGUGUACGCAUCCUGAUUAUACCGUAUCCUCCAACAGCCUCGAGCUCCUCCGGUCGGUGUUCCUCUGGCUGCUCGCGCGGCCGCAGCCCGCCACCGCCGCCGCCACCUCUGCUGCGUGGAGCGUGCUGCUGGGGGUGCAACACAGCGCGCAGCCCGACUUGGUGCUGGACUGCUUGUGUUGGCAACAGAGCAACACGCCAUCAUCUGCCGCCUCCACGCUGACCUCCUACUCUGUGGUGACGGCUGCGGCGCCGCAGCAACAGAGGGAAGCUGCCGCGGUCCUGCUGGCCCGGCUGGCGACGCCACUAGUACUGCACGGUCGCGACCCGCGGCCGUGCUUCACGCUCCUCUCGCAGUGUUGGUCGGCGGUGAGCUCGCCGGCGACCGCGGGGGUGAGCCUGGCGCUGCUGGCGGACACGUGCAGGCACUCGCUCGCGCCCGUGUCGCACUGUCUAAACAUAAUAAGCAGUAGUGACUACCCUUCAAUAUCACUCAGUAUGUUCGUAGCACAAUCCCUGCAAUGGCUCCAGAUGCCUUCGACCCUCACAGCCAACGAUCUGAAAGUCGCCGCCAAAAUACUAGAAAUACACCAAACAAACACUAAACAAGACACAAGACAAUACAUGCCGAAUCUAGAGUCAAACAAAGUAUUCCUAACAUUAAUGAAUACGGAUAGAAAAGUGUCUAUCACGUUUCGACUGCUAAAAACUUGGGAACGAAUCCGAGAUGACCCGGCGAAAUUGAAAAGCUGGUUCGAUGGUAUAGAAAGCGUUGACAGUUCGGUGCAACUUGACUUGGUGACAUUUUUUCUGGGGUUGCUACUGGAAAAACGAAAGGAGGAUUAUUUCGAAGAAGUGGUGUUGAGGGCUUUGAAGCUGUUGGUGAAAUUGGUGGAUUUGAAGAAAGUUUUGUCGGUGCAGUUGAUGGCAGUGUUGAUGUAUAAGAUAGCCAAUGAUGAGUCGCCGAAAAUUAAGCUAGAAUGCUUGAGGGUCCUGCCGUUGAUGGCCAAAACUAAGGAGAACGUGCCAUCGAUAGUGGCGACACUGAACAGACUUCGCGCCUCCAACACAGUACCUCAGUCGUUUCUACUACUACUGUAUAGCAGCCUCACUGUGGUGCAGCCCAGGUGUUUCCCGUAUUUGCAGGAGGUGCUGAUGGAGACAGCGACAGGCCCCCACAACGUGAAGUGGGAGGUGGAAGCUGCACGGGCCGAGGCCGUCAGGACCGUUUGUGAGGCGCGCGGAACCCUAGGCCUAGAGCUCGUCCCCAUCAUCUCGUCCACCCUCAACCGCUGCACGGACGCCGGUGGGACGCCCCCCACUCGCAGCAGCCUGCGCGCGCUGCGGGCGCUGUGGGCGCAGCGGCUGGUGGCCGCCGCCGGCACGUGGGACGCCCUCGAACCGCGCCUGGCCAGGGAGAGUCGGGUAGCUGUGCAGGAGACUAUCUGCGAGCUAAUCUCCCACAUCGGUCUCCACUGCCCCACGGCGGCGGCGGCGCGCGCGGCGUGGAGACUAUUGAGUGAGGGGGCGGGCGCGGCGGCGGCGGCGGCGGCCGAGGCGCUGGGCAGCUUCGCUAUAACUAGUUAUGGGUUGAAGGAUGUGCCUGAGAUUUAUAGGAAGACAGUGAAACUGCCUCCGUCCUUCUGCAAGACGCCGGAAGACGCCGCGAGGAACCCUGCGGACGUACUAGAUUAUAUACCAGGAGAAAUCUGGCCCGAAGUCUUCAAGUACAGUCCGCAAGACGCGCUCCCGUCCAUCCGUAGCCUCUGCUCCAAGUUGAUAUCUACAGAGAUACGGGGCUUCCGCAGCGGAGUGUACUCGGGGGCGGCGGGGGGCGCGGGGGGCGAGCCCAGUGCUAUGACGUACCUGCCCCCGCAUAGUGUGUUGAGGGCGCUGGCUGGGUGUGUUAGGAAGAGGGCCACAGCCCCGUCCUACGACUGCCCUGACAUCGUCUACCUGCACAUUCUGCAAACCCUCGCUAUGGAGUACCCAAAGCCGCUGCCGCCCAUGGACUGGUGUUUCCUUCAAGAGUUGUUCCACGCGGGCGCUUGCUGGCGGCGUCCCACGCUCGAGCUGGCGGCCCGGCAGGCCAGUACCAGCGGGUCGGCAAGAAGGUUCCUGGAGAAUUACCUGGUGGGAGUGGAGCCGGGGAGUAUGGAGGAAUCAGAAAUCCUAGACAUAUUCGAAAUGCUGCCGCCAUUAUGUCGCAACUUGCCGCCAAACAGCAUACGAACCCCAAUAGAGAAAUGCCUCACACAUUCAUACAAUCAAAUAGCGCACUUCAAGACCACGAGUGUGAAAUGUGAAGAAGUGAAUCAGCUGAUGUUUGUGAGGCAACUGGGGUUGGUUAAAGUAUGCUUGGAGAAUGAUAAGAUACACGACGCGAAUAGAACUCUAAUGGAACAGAUAGUGGAGCCUUAUUUCUCCACUCUGGGUGUUGACCAUGUGGCGUGGCCGGCGUAUGUGGAGCUGUGUGCCGCGCUCUCUCCCGCGCUGCUCGAGCGACUCACGUCGCCCGCCUCGUGGUGGACUGUCGAAGGCAGCCAGCUACGCGCGGCGGCGUCGGUGCUGGCUCGAGUGGAGCACCGCGGAGCCAGAGCAGACCUCAUCGACGCCGCCAUGGCCAUGCCACAAGAGCACCAGUUCGUCCUCGAGUGUAUGCACAAAGCCGCUUUGUCAGCGACUGACGAAUCAGCUGCCAGAGCCUGGACGCUGCAACUCAUGGCGCGGGCGCAGAGGGCUUUUGUUGAAUCAGACAGCGACUCUGCAAAACUCUUCCUAUGGGACGUGUUUGUUCUGAGCGCCAUCACAACGUCUGGUCUGUGGUCGCUAGCCGACGACCACAGACUAGCGUCGGGGCGCGCGCUGCGGCUGUCUCUGUUCCCCGCGGCUAUAGCCAGUCUGUGCGAGAGGGAUGGCUGGAGGGACGCUGCUCCACAGGUGCUAGAGUGUCUGUGCCACACUCGCGACACGAUCGCCGACGCCGCCACAGCCCUCUCCUGCCACCGAGCCAUCCUCACUAUGAAGACGCAGCCACAUGUCAACACGCACUUCUGGGCUAAAGCUGUGCAUUAUAGGACGAGAUACGACUGAAGUGUGAUUUGUGAUGUUAUGAUUAUUUGAAAUGUUAGUAUUUUUUAUUUAAUAAAUGUUGAUGUUAAUGUAAAUAUCAGAUUAUGAAAUUGUUAUAUAUUCAUGUUUAUGCAUAUAAAUAAGACAUCAUGUUAUCUGAAGUGACCUUAUUUGUA